UGGACUGGAGAAGCGCUCCGCUCUGGUCCCCGAGGGGCGGGGGACCCGCGGCGCACGCAGUCGGGAUAUUCGGCUGCAGCCGCGAAGCCGGGGGCCAAGAGCCGGAGCAGGAGCGGCGGCCGGGAUCGCAGCCCGCCGGGCCCGCCGCAACCAUGGGCAACCGCGGCAUGGAAGACCUCAUCCCGCUGGUUAACCGGUUACAGGACGCCUUCUCCGCCAUCGGCCAAAACGCGGACCUCGACCUGCCGCAGAUCGCCGUGGUAGGCGGCCAGAGCGCCGGCAAGAGCUCGGUGCUGGAGAAUUUCGUGGGCAGGGACUUCUUGCCCCGAGGAUCUGGCAUCGUCACCCGGCGUCCCCUGGUCCUACAACUGGUUAAUUCUACCACAGAAUAUGCCGAGUUCCUACACUGCAAGGGGAAGAAAUUCACUGACUUCGAGGAGGUGCGCCUGGAGAUCGAGGCUGAGACCGACCGAGUCACAGGCACCAACAAGGGCAUUUCGCCAGUGCCCAUCAACUUGCGGGUCUACUCGCCCCAUGUGCUGAACCUGACUCUAGUGGACCUGCCAGGAAUGACCAAGGUCCCAGUUGGGGACCAACCUCCUGACAUAGAGUUCCAGAUCCGGGACAUGCUUAUGCAGUUCGUCACUAAGGAGAACUGCCUUAUCCUGGCUGUGUCCCCUGCCAACUCGGACCUGGCCAACUCUGAUGCCCUCAAGAUCGCCAAGGAGGUGGACCCCCAGGGUCAGCGCACCAUCGGGGUCAUCACCAAGUUGGACCUGAUGGACGAGGGCACAGAUGCUCGGGAUGUGCUGGAGAACAAGCUGCUCCCUUUGCGCAGAGGCUACAUUGGUGUGGUGAACCGGAGCCAGAAGGACAUAGAUGGCAAGAAGGACAUCACAGCCGCCUUGGCUGCUGAGCGCAAAUUCUUCCUCUCCCACCCAUCCUACCGCCACUUGGCUGACCGCAUGGGCACACCCUACCUGCAGAAGGUCCUCAAUCAGCAACUGACCAACCACAUCCGGGACACACUGCCCGGACUUCGGAACAAGCUGCAGAGCCAGCUGCUGUCCAUUGAGAAAGAGGUGGAUGAGUACAAGAACUUCCGACCGGAUGACCCGGCGCGCAAGACCAAGGCCCUGCUGCAGAUGGUCCAGCAGUUUGCAGUGGACUUUGAGAAGCGCAUCGAGGGUUCUGGAGACCAGAUCGACACUUAUGAGCUGUCAGGUGGAGCCCGCAUUAACCGGAUCUUCCAUGAACGCUUCCCUUUUGAGUUGGUUAAGAUGGAGUUUGAUGAGAAGGAACUGCGAAGGGAGAUCAGCUAUGCUAUCAAGAAUAUCCAUGGCAUCAGAACGGGGCUGUUUACCCCAGACAUGGCCUUUGAAACCAUUGUGAAAAAGCAGGUGAAGAAGAUUCGAGAGCCGUGUCUCAAGUGUGUGGACAUGGUUAUCUCAGAGCUAAUCAGCACGGUUAGACAGUGCACCAAGAAGCUCCAGCAAUACCCGCGUCUGCGGGAGGAGAUGGAGCGAAUUGUGACCACCCACAUCCGGGAACGUGAGGGCCGCACCAAGGAGCAGGUCAUGCUUCUCAUCGAUAUUGAGCUGGCUUAUAUGAAUACCAACCACGAAGACUUCAUAGGCUUUGCCAAUGCUCAGCAGAGAAGCAACCAGAUGAACAAGAAGAAGACUUCGGGGAACCAGGAUGAGAUUCUGGUCAUUCGAAAGGGGUGGCUGACCAUCAACAACAUCGGCAUCAUGAAGGGAGGCUCCAAGGAGUACUGGUUUGUGCUGACUGCUGAGAAUCUGUCCUGGUACAAGGACGAUGAGGAGAAAGAGAAGAAGUACAUGCUGUCUGUGGACAAUCUGAAGCUGCGUGAUGUGGAGAAGGGCUUCAUGUCAAGCAAGCAUAUUUUUGCCCUCUUCAACACAGAGCAGAGGAAUGUCUACAAGGAUUACCGGCAGCUGGAACUGGCCUGUGAGACACAGGAGGAGGUGGACAGUUGGAAGGCUUCCUUCCUGAGGGCUGGCGUGUACCCUGAGCGUGUUGGGGACAAGGAGAAAGCCAGUGAGACGGAGGAGAACGGCUCUGACAGCUUCAUGCACUCUAUGGACCCUCAGCUGGAGCGCCAGGUGGAGACCAUUCGGAACCUGGUAGACUCGUACAUGGCCAUUGUCAACAAGACUGUGCGGGAUCUCAUGCCCAAGACCAUCAUGCAUCUCAUGAUCAACAAUACCAAGGAGUUUAUCUUCUCUGAGCUGCUGGCCAAUCUGUACUCUUGCGGGGACCAGAACACACUGAUGGAAGAAUCUGCCGAGCAGGCUCAGCGGCGCGACGAGAUGCUGCGCAUGUACCAUGCACUGAAGGAGGCGCUCAGCAUUAUUGGCGACAUCAACACGACCACCGUCAGCACGCCCAUGCCCCCGCCUGUGGACGACUCCUGGCUGCAGGUGCAGAGCGUACCGUCCGGACGCAGAUCGCCCACGUCCAGCCCCACGCCGCAGCGCCGAGCCCCCGCCGUGCCCCCAGCCCGGCCCGGAUCGCGGGGCCCUGCUCCUGGGCCUCCGCCUGCUGGAUCCGCCCUGGGGGGGGCGCCCCCCGUGCCCUCCAGGCCGGGGGCUUCCCCUGACCCCUUUGGCCCCCCUCCCCAGGUGCCCUCGCGCCCCAACCGCGCCCCGCCUGGGGUUCCCAGCCUAGGAGCAUGGCAGCCAAACCCACCACAGGGCAAGCAUGAUAAUCACAUUGGCAGAGCCAGGGCUCUGAUUGAUGCCUUUCUGCCAGCCCCUGAGGGCUCACAGGCAAGGUGAGGACAGGUAGCCCGUUUUCCAUUCAUCCUCAACAUGGCACACCUGGAGUUAACAGUCACCUCCUCAGCCCCAGAUACAGAACCAGCCCUGCAGCUCCUACAUUUGACUUGUUUUCAGAGUGACCUGUGCCUUUUAGCUGAAGGCACUGCGAUGUCUGCUGGUUGGCCACAGAUCUCUCAGUUACCCCGUCCCAACUCUUCCCCAGCCAUUGACGCUCACCCUUCUGCUUUUCCCCCAGCAGGAAGGGCCCAGCCUCACCUACGAGACCUGCAGCCCCCCGACCAGCGGAGGCUCCCCUCUUAGACUUAUAAGUCUGUGGCCACAGGCAUCGGCUGCCUGCCUCCCAGCCUCCCCAGGGUCCCCUCAGAGGACUCCUGGGCUUUCUGACCACCUGAGGGGCCUCCAGCGCUCCCUCCAGCCAUCCCCUUUAGCUUUGAUCUCCUGGUUCAAGCACUUCUGGCCUCAUGGCUGUUAUAUGGGACUCCCUGAGGCUUGGGGUGGCCCUGAGCCAGCGAGAUGGGAGACAGAGUGAGCAGAAAAGAGGGAGGCCCUGUGGUGCAUUGCCUGGGUGGUGUGUGAGAGGCCGUGUGUGUGGCAAGAGAGGGCCACCCAGCCUCUAUCCAGACUACCUGCUAGUUACGGCCCAGCACCCCCCAUCUUCCCUUUUACAUUCAUCAACUGUCCGUCUCUUCCGGGAACCUUGCCCACAUCCACACCUGCCGCAUACCCUCUACCUCUGCUGGAGGUGGCUGCUCUUGCCUUACCAGCUCUCCUUCCUUUUCUCUCUUCGGUUCUCUCUUGGCUUUCUCUCCAACUGCCAGCCGAUCGGGUCAGGCAAGUCCGUCCCGUCCUGAGAGCCCCAGGCCCCCCUUCGACCUCUAACCAGAUCCCUCCUACUCCUCGGAGACCUCCCUUUCCAAGCCUGCCUGGACAGCUGUUCUGUGACUUGACAGUGGCUCCCCCAGCCCCAAAGCGUCCUAUUCAUCAUCUGUGACUUAGUCUGUUGUAGUGGUGAGCUGACACAUCCAGAUGUGAUGUUGGUGAAAACUUGUGCCCCUCUGUGGUAUUGCUCCUGCGACAUUCUAUAAAUAUCUAUAAAUAUACCUAUAUAUACAUAUAUAUACAUAUAUAUGGCUGACACAGCCUCGCCUGUAGUGUCAGAAUCAACCACCAUACUGUCCUUGUGGAGUCUUGUGGUCCAGCUACAAGGGAAUGCUGUCAUCCUGACAUCCCCCCUCCAGUGAGCCUCCCUGUCCUCCUGGCCUGUGGACAGCCAUCCCCUUGGCCAUCCCCACCCUGCAGCAAGGGGAUGCUGCAGCAGCAGCUGUGUGGUUCUCUGAUGGCCACCAGUCUUGCUGCCUCUUGGCUGAGAAUAAAACCCAUUUCUGGAUCAUGGGGGAUUGUGUGUA